AUGUCCGAGCAAGGGCCAAUGAUUGCACAGGAGCUCAUGUCCUCGGUCCAGCAAUGCUGCUAUGCACAUGAGGGCACAUUGAACAAGUUUCUCAUUGACGACAAGGGCAUGCUCUUUCUCUUGGUCUUCGGACUGCCACCACUGGUGCACACGGAUGAUCCCACACGUGCUGUCUUGGCAUGCUUUGAUAUGGUCAAGGUGUUCAAGAAGCUCCAGCUCUGUGGAAAGUUCGGCGUCACCACGGGGCGGAGCUAUUGUGGUGUCUGUGGGAGUGCACGACGCAUGGAGUACACCGUCUUGGGUGACUGCGUGAAUCUGGCUCGGCUCAUGUCGAAUGCUCCAGCGAACAGCAUCCUUUGCGACGACGCCACACGAAGACGCUCCACCACCGAGAUCAUCUACAACGCCCUGGCUCCGAUCAAAGUCAAGGGCAAGGAAAAGAUGAUUGACAUCUUCCAGCCGGUGAAGAAGGAUUAUAGCAGCAUCAUUGGCCUCAACAAGAAAGGGAUGAUCUCCUUUCCGUGGCAUCAGAAUGCCUUCGGAGGCGUUUCGUCCGGAGGCUUGUCCAGCGCGGAGCUGCAGGAGGGUGUCAUCCGGCUCUGCAGCAUCAAAUCAUGGCAGGGUAUCUCCAAGGCGUCCGAGCUCUUGGGCAGUGGCUUCCGCAAGGAGAUCCACAACGACAAGGCCGCCGCCGCCGCCGCAACGGCCGCCGCAACACGCCCGGACCGCGGUGCUCGGCGCUGA